ACUAUCAUUGCUUCUAACAAUACUUUACUUCUUCCAGAACACUGUAACAUUGAAACACUGGCUGACUGCCCAUGAAACUCCUACCACCAGAUCAAAGCAGCUCCUUCAGUGGCCUCUGGGUAGACUUGGCCUCUCUAGUGUCUUUCCCACUGUGGUGGUACUGAAGUCUGUCUGAUAAACUCAGCUUCUGCCUUUGUGUCUUUGGUGCGCUCAUUCCCAGCUUAUGUUAUCUUCCCUGCCUGUCAGUACUAUUCCUGGCACAGAAGAGGAUUUAGAAAAGGAGGGAGGAGGUGACACUUAGUUUGGUCUUCACUGGGAAAGCACCAUCGAUCAGCACCCCGUCUUCAGCCCCAGAGCUGGAGAGAGCUGUAGGCAGUGAACUGUAAACACUGGCAAAUAUUGACAGAAGUCAAGGUCGUGGAGGACCAUUUGGCCCAUGCCUGUUGGGGAAGGAUAAACCUGCAGUUUAAAGCGACUGGUCAACUGGUGUGCAUUUCUAGAAACUGGGAAAUUUCUUAAAAUUUUCAAUCUGGCAGCUCUCUAAUCAAUGUUUGUGGUUGCAGAGCCACGGACUGCACUGUCUUCUUCCUGCCAUUCUUCCCUGUUACAGGAAGGGCUUUUCUUUUUCACGUCUGUUCCAGGAGGAAAACAGAACUUCUCUAGAAGGAAGUUGUUCUGAUCCUGAGAGGUUAGAAGGGCUUUUGAUCGAAAUCACGGUUUAAUUUCACUCUGGGUCAAGUGACUGCUCCCCAAAUGCUUUGUUGGGUUGGGUGCUGUCUGAUGUGGCUGAUUUCUGCCUUAGAUGAGAGCUGUUCGGAAGUUCCUCCAGUGGACAACAGUGUGUUUGUUGCAAAGGAAGAAGGAGGACAGAUUAUGGGGGUGUACCUUUGUAUCAAAGGCUACCACCUGGUGGGAGAGCAGUCUUUGACCCUCAGUCUCUCAGAGGAAUGGGAGGGCUCCUCCCCUGAGUGCCGCUUGGGCCACUGUCCCGAGCCUGUACUGGAAAAUGGCAGGAUCAAUUAUUCUGGGCCUGUGAAUGCAAGUGACAAAAUCGUGUUUAAGUGCAAUGAUGGUUACAUCCUCAAGGGAAGCAAUUGGAGCCAGUGCCUAGAGGACCACACCUGGGCACCUUCCUUGCCCAUAUGUCGAAGUAGAGACUGUGACCCUCCUGAGAUUCCUAGCCAUGGCUACUUUGAAGGAGAAUCUUUCACUUCGGGGUCUGUUGUUACUUAUUACUGUGAAGACAGGUACCAUUUAGGGGGCACACGGAAGCUGCAGUGCAUUGAUGGGGAGUGGAGCAGUUCCUAUCCUACCUGUGAGCCCGUUCAGGAAGCCCCUAGACCUGCUGAACAGAUUGCACUUGAGAAAGCAAUUCUUGCCUUUCGGGAGAUUAAGGACCUUUGUGGUGCCACAGAGAGCUUUGUGAGAAGACUGAAGGAAAGUGGAGUAACCAUGGAAGAACUGAAGCAUUCCCUGGAGAUGAAGAAAACUAAGCUGAAGGCAGAUAUUUUACUGAAAUAUCGUAGCUAAGCAAGAUGGAAACAGAAAUACCCUGUGAAUAAACAGCUUCUG